AUGCCGAAAGACAAAAGGUUGAACUCCUUAUCUCUCGACCGUGCCACGGCCUCUCCCUACUCGCGCGGCUCCAAAAAAUCCGCAGACCCCGAAAUCGACAUCUCAAACGAGGAAAAACAGUGGAACGACACUGUGUGCCCCAUCUGCAUGGACCACCCCCACAACGCCGUGCUCCUCCUCUGCUCCUCCCACAAAACUGGCUGCCGCCCCUUUGUCUGCGACACCAGCUACCGCCACUCCAACUGCCUCGACCAGCUCCUCCUCACCAAAACCCGCCACCUGUCCUGCCCCCUCUGCCGCGGCCCCGUCUCCGGUUUCCGCGUCGUGGGCCCCGCCCGCCACCUCAUGAACUCCAAACCAAGAAACUGCUCCCUGGAGACGUGCGACUUCGCCGGGACCUACGCCGACCUGAGGAAGCACGCGCGGGCCCAGCACCCGUCGGCCCGCCCUCUCGAGCCCAGCCAGGCCCGUAAGGCUGACUGGAGCGAGCUGGAGCAGAGGCUGGAGAUGGAGGAUGCUGCUGCUCUUGUGUACCAAUCGGAUAAUAAUAUGGAGUUUGAGCCCGAGCUCUGGGAUGAUGACAGGCUGUUUGACUUCCCGGAAAUCGAGGAUGGGCUGAUGGAGGAGAUGUUUGGCGACGGGUGGCUUUCGUUCUUGUCCACGAGCUCGUCGUACACGGAGGAGGAGGAGGAGGAGGAUGUGGUGGAUUCCGGUACCUCAGUGUCGAGGUCGAACAGGGAAAUUGAUGUGCGGUCGAGAUCGCGUUAUGAUAGGGGUAGUGGUUCAAGGGCGAGGAGGGAAAAUGAGAACUUGAGAAGGUCGAGUUACGGUGAGGAGUAUAGGCAAGAGCAGCAGCCUAGUUGGGGUGGGUAUAGUGUGAGGACUGGGUCUCCAGUGAGGUCUGGUAGAAGAAGUAGUAGUAGUAGUAGACGACAUUUGUCUGGGUCUUCUUCUAGGAGGCAGUCUCGUUCGGGGCGUGGAGAGUGA